AUGGCCUUGUCGCGGAUCGAGGCACUGCCAGGCGUAGCCCUCGGAGGCGCGGAGCUCAGGGAGCGGGUCGGGCCACUUGCCCCGCACUCGUCAACCGGAGGCGCGGAUAACUGGACAAGUGAUGUGUCGUUCUGCCACUGGAUCGGCGUGACAUGCAGCCGCCGUCGCAAAGGGCGUGUCGCCGCUUUGGUGCUGCCCGACAUUCCCCUCCAAGGAGAGCUCAGCCCUCACCUCGGUAACCUUUCUUUCCUUCAUGAAAUUAACCUCACCAACACAGCCCUCGCUGGCUCCAUCCCAGCUGAUAUUGGAAGAUUAUCCCGUCUAAGAUAUCUUGAUCUUGGCCACAAUAAUCUAACGGAUACAAUCCCGUCUACUAUAGGAAACCUCACAGCACUCCAAUUUCUUGUCCUAAAUUUCAACCAGCUCUCUGGAGAGAUCCCCAGUGAGUUGCGAAACAUGCAUAGCCUUAGGUACCUCUGUCUAGAUAGAAACUACAUGACCGGCCUGAUACCUAAUUUCUCAUUCGACAGCAUGCCUACAAUAAGCCAUAUAUACAUUCAGAGCAACAGCCUGUCCGGGACAGUACCAUCUGGUAUUGGCUCCCUGCUGAUGCUACAGGUUCUACGCUUGAACUAUAACCAGCUCUCCGGCCCAGUACCUCCUAACAUUUUCAACAUGUCUAGGAUUGUUGACAUGCGUCUAGCAGACAACGAAAAUCUUACGGGCCAUAUACCUGGCAAUACAAGUUUCAGUCUCCCCAAGUUGCAAAUACUUGAUCUAUAUAAGAACAAAUUCAGGGGUCAAAUUCCAUUGGGCCUUGCAGCGUGCAAGCAUCUUCAGAUACUUAGCAUCCCAGGAAAUCUAUUUGUGGAUGUGGUGCCGGCAUGGCUGGCUAAGCUGUCGCAGCUCACAGUGAUUUCUAUCGGUGGCAAUGAGCUCGUUGGCCAGAUCCCGGCAGUGCUCAGCAAUCUUACCAUGCUCCGUGUGCUUGACAUUGCAGUCUCCAACCUAAGUGGAGAGAUUCCUGUGGAAUUGGGGAAAUUGAUGCAACUCUCAUAUCUGCACCUUUCGUUCAAUCAACUAACAGGCCCCUUACCAGAUUUUCUUGGAAAUUUUUCACAAAUGUCUUACUUAAGUUUAAUGUCGAAUCAGCUGACUGGAACAGUACCAUCAACACUUGGAAACAACAGACUUCUUAGGCUUCUUGAUAUUCGAGAUAAUCAUCUCCAUGGGGAUCUUAGUUUCUUGGCCAGCCUUUGUAAUUGUCGGCAACUCCAACACCUUGACAUAUCUAAUAAUCCUUUCUCUGGGAGUAUCCCCAGCUAUUUUGGUAACCUUUCGACUAACCUGUUAGUGUUUGAAGCAGAUAAAAACAAUUUGGUUGGUGGGCUUCCAGCAACACUAUCAAAUCUUAGUGGUCUUCUUGCGAUAAGCUUUUUUGACAACUAUCUAACCAAAGAAUUACCAGAAUCCAUCUCUAAGUUGGAGAAUCUCCAGGCACUUGGUCUCUCUGGAAAUAGCAUCGUUGGCCCAAUCCCUAAACAAUUUGGUAUGCUAAGGAGUAUUAUAAGGUUAGAACUCCAGGAUAAUAUAUUAUCUGGCUCCAUACCAGAUGGAGUGAGUAACCUCACCAUGUUAGAGUAUUUGUAUUUAUCUUAUAACCAUCUAUUUUCGACCAUACCAUCAAGCUUGUUUUAUCAUAGUAACCUUAUUGCAUUAGAUAUGUCCCAUAACUCCCUAACUGGUAUAUUGCCUUCUGAUCUCAGUCAUAUGCAAAAUAUGGACAAGUUAGAUCUUUCUAGCAACCUCUUGUCUGGUAGCCUCCCAAAUUCAUUUGGACAGGUUGCGAUCCCAUUAACUUACCUAAAUUUUUCGCACAACUCAUUCAAGGAUUUAGUCCCCGACUCGUUCGCCCGCUUAACCAGCUUGGCAACAUUGGACCUAUCAUCGAACAAUCUAUCUGGAACGAUACCAAACUACCUCGCCAACUUCACCUACCUUUCUUAUCUGGACCUCUCCUCUAAUAGGUUCGAAGGGCAGAUACCAAAUGGAGGUGUUUUCUCAAACAUCACCUUGCAAUCUUUGAUUGGGAAUGUUGGGCUAUGUGGUGCUCCUCGUCUAGGACUGUCACCAUGUGUAGACAAUUCUCGACUGACUUCUGGUAGACAAAUCCUCAAGUUUAUACUCCCAGUUGCCAUCAUUGGAGCUGGUGUAUUUGUAGCUUGCUUGUACCUAAUGAUCAAAAAGAAAAAUAAGAAGCAGCCGCAUGUUAUGGCUUCUAAUGGCAUGGCUGAUCUGAUCAGCCAUAGGUUAGUAUCAUACCACGAGAUUGCUCGUGCCACCAAAAAUUUCAGCGAGGAUAACCUACUUGGAGCUGGAAGUUCUGGAAAAGUUUUCAAGGGGCAGCUAGAUGAUGGUUUGGUGGUUGCUAUAAAGGUGCUCAAUAUGCAUGUCGAGCAGGCCGUGAGGAGCUUUGAUGCUGAAUGUCAAGUGUUGCGGAUGGCUCGGCAUCGCAACCUGAUACAGAUAUUGAAUACCUGUUCCAACCUGGAUUUCAGGGCAUUGCUGCUUCAGUACAUGCCCAACGGUAGCUUGGAGGCACACUUGCACGAGGAAAAUAGGGAACCACUGGGCUUCACCGAGAGAUUGGACAUUAUGCUUGGUGUGUCAGAGGCAAUGGAUUAUCUGCACAAUCACCACUGUCAAGUUAUCCUACACUGCGACCUGAAGCCUAGCAAUGUGCUUUUCGAUGAGGACAUGACGGCACAUGUUGCCGACUUUGGCAUUGCAAAGUUACUUCUAGUUGAUGAAAACUCCUUGGUUUCAGCAAGUAUGCCCGGCACAAUCGGGUACAUGGCCCCAGAGCUUGCAUUCAUGGGAAGGGCGUCGAGAAGCACCGACGUGUUCAGCUUUGGGAUCAUGCUGCUUGAAGUCUUCACAGGGAAGAGGCCCACAGAUCCUUCGUUUGUUGGGGAAUCCAGUCUUAGGCAGUGGGUUUUGCAAGCAUUUCCAGCAAAGCUCAUUGAUGUUUUGGAUGUGAAGCUACAUCAGGGUGAACAGAUGCACCAAGCGUUUCAUCACCAAAAAAAUACUAUUUCGCCCUCGUCAUCCUCCAUUGGCUACAAUGACAACUUUCUCAUGUCGACAUUCGAGAUUGGUCUAGAGUGUUCCAGUGAUCCUGUCGACCAGAGGCCAAGCAUUAGCGAAGUGGUCAUGAGGCUGAAGAACAUCAAGAAGGAUAGCUCUGCUUUCAUGGUAGCAACUCGAAUCGUGCAGCAACGGCAUUGAUAUGGAAAAUCCAAAAAAAGAGGCUGGGAGCAUGGAGUCUAGGUCUGACUGCCUAAAACACAAAUUUGGAGGAGUAGCAACAUGUAGAUUAGACCCGAGGUUCUCACCCAUGUUCAUGUCUCAUCUGUACGCGUUGGAUCAUACUGAUA